AUGAAUUACUCUUAUUCCCGCUUUAAAGAUGAAGAAACUGAGUCUCAGAGAGAUGAAGUAAUUCACCCAAACAUUGUUAGUACCAUCAUUAUACUGGCCGGAGCGAUUGCACUCAUCAUUGGUUUCGGUAUUUCAGUUAACUCCCUGGACCUCAGUUUCCUCAUUGAUAGUGUGGAGGAAAUAAUGUCUACAUCACCAGGAAGACACUCCAUCACGGUCACUACUCUCACCUCAACUGGGAACAUUGGGGAGGAUGGAAUCCUGAGCUGUACUUUCGAACCUGACAUCAAACUUUCUGAUAUCGUGAUACAGUGGCAGAAGGAAGGUGUUAUAGGCUUGGUCCAUGAGUUCAAAGAAGGCAAAGAUGACUUGUCAGACCAGGAUGAAAUGUUCAGAGGCCGGACAGCAGUAUUUACUGAUCAAGUAAUAGUUGGCAAUGCCUCUCUGAGGCUGAAAAAUGUGCAGCUCACAGAUGCUGGCAUCUAUAAAUGUUACAUCAUCACUUCUAAAGGCAAGGGGAAUGCUAACCUCGAGUAUAAAACUGGAGCCUUCAGCAUCCCAGAGGUCAAUGUGGACUAUAAUGCCAGCUCAGAGAGCUUACGAUGUGAGGCUCCCCGAUGGUUUCCCCAGCCUACAGUGGUCUGGGCGUCCCAAGUUGACCAGGGAGCCAACUUCUCAGAAGUCUCCAACACCAGCUUUGAGUUGAACUCUGAGAAUGUGACCAUGAAGGUUGUGUCCGUACUCUACAAUGUCACAAUCAACAACACAUACUCCUGUAUGAUUGAAAACGACAUUGCCAAAGCCACCGGGGAUAUCAAAGUGACAGACUCUGAGAUUAAAAGGCGAAGUCACCUACAGCUGCUGAACUCAAAGGCUUCCCGGUGUGUCUCUUCUUCUGUUGCCAUCAGCUGGGUACUCCUGCCUCUCUGCCCUUACCUGAUGCUAAGAUAAUGUACCUUGGCUACACAGAAACAUGCAAAGUCAUUGGUACGACAGGAUUCCAGGAAUCUGCAGAACUAUUUCACCACAAGAUAUGACCUAGUUUUACAGUUCUGGGGGGAAAUGAAUUCACGUCUAGAACUCGGGAGGGAACAAACAAGAUCAAGAUGCAAGAAGAAGCCAA